AUUGACCCAACGAGUGAGUCAGCGGAGACAUGAGUAUAAAUGGAAGCUCAGAUCUCUGAGAGCACAUUCAAAACAUCCUCUGUCUCUGGAAGAACCAUGAAGAUGCUUCUGACUCUGGUGCCUCUGACCCUGAUCUGCCUCCUGCUUCACGUCUCUGCAGGUCCGCUGAGUCCAAAGAUGAUGCAGGACAAGGACAGAUGCUGUAAAGGAUUCAAUGGUACGUUGAUUCCAAAGAAAUUGAUAAAAAACGUGAGGAAGACGUUCUGCGAUAUGGAAGCUAUACUAAUCACAACAAAGAAGGAUAAGAUGUUCUGUUACGACCCCUCUUUGACCUGGGCCCAGAAACGUCUGUCAGACUUUCACAAGGCUCAUAAAAGUAUUUCAGUUCUUGUGUGAUACGAUGAACGUGUCUGUUAUUGAUUAUUACUGAUGAUUACAGAUCAACUUUAAUGGACUGAAUGUGAACGUGUUGAGCUGUGAGACCCAUGUUGUGCAUGUAGCAGACGCUGUUUGUUCUUCAGUUGUUGCUGCAGGAUGUUUGACAUGUUCAAUAUUCAUGAGCUCCUUUCUGAAUAAAGUUUUAUUUUGGUA